AUGACAGUCGCCAAAUCAGAGAAACUAAGCGUAAAGGUUAAAGAAGAGAAGAGAAAAAAGACCAAAAUACAGCUGGUUCCAGUCAAAAAGCUAUCGGACAUGCAAUUAGAUGUAAAAAAGCACCGAGAUAACAUAAAGCUCAUACUUAAAAACUCAAACGCAACGCCGAUCCUGGGUCAUACAGACAGUGGCUAUACGUGCUGCUUCUGUGAAGACAAGUACCCGGACCCCGCUGAAAUGAAAAGACACAAUUUAGAAACACAUACACCGAUGCUCGACACGCUAAACCUCCAGGCGUUAAUACCGAAAUUCGUGAGCAUGCUUUGCAUUAAACUGGAUAUAACAGCUCUGAUGUGCACUAUAUGCAACAAAGAAUUUGAUACCAUCGAGAAACUGAUUGAACACUUGCAGAAUAUCCACGAGAAACCGUUCCACAAGGAUAUAACGCAUCAAAUGUUGACGUUCAAGUUCGAUACCGAAGGACUACAGUGUUACAUUUGCAAGAACACGUUUAACAAGUUUAAGAAGUUAAUGGAACAUAUGAACGCGCAUUACCGGAACUUUAUCUGUGAGGUGUGCGACGCAGGUUUCGUGACUCAGAGGAAGCUGUACCAUCAUAAAGUGGCUCACAACACUGGGACGUUCACCUGCAGCCAAUGCCCGAAGACUUUUCCAACUUUCAUCAGGCAACGGGCUCAUGAAAGGCAGUACCACGAAUUGGGGAUGCUCGUGAACAAGUGUCGUCUAUGUAACGCCCUGUUUAAGAAUAACAGACAGAAGGACAAGCAUUUGGAGAAAGAGCAUGGAGUGACGUCGUUCUCUAGGAAAUGCCACGCUUGUGGAAAGAUGUUCGUUCACCAGAACGCGUUGAAUAUCCACAUGAAGAGACAUCACUUGGUGGAACGAACGCACAAGUGUGAUGAAUGUGGGAAAGGUUUUUUCUCAUCGACAGAGUUGAGAGCACAUAUGAACACUCAUACAGGACGUAAGGAGCACCAGUGCGGUGUAUGCUUGAAGAGCUAUGCCAGGAAGUGGACGUUAAACGAGCAUAUGCGAAUUCAUAUGGAUGAUCGUAGAUUCAAAUGUGAACUCUGCGAACAGGCGUUUGUCCAGAAGUGCAGUUGGCGUGGACAUAUGCGGUCCAAACACGGGGAGCAAGUUUGA